AUGAGAGCGAUCAUAUUUGGCAGCAAAGUGCAACCCAGAGAUGUUACCAUUGGUAUUGAUCAAUUCUCUUUCGAGGUAAAGGCUGGAAAUCCAUUUUGUGGGGUUAAGAAUAUACCAGAUGGUAUUCAUGUCAUUCAUUUUAGUAGUAGUGAUGAAGAAACCGAAUGUGUGAGGUAUGGAUAUUGGUUUGAGGAAACUAAGGGAAGGUAUCUACAAUUUGAUGAAACUAGCGGUGCCUACAGUGUGCUCAAGGAAUCGGAUGAUGCCAAAUACGACACGAUGAUUGAGAUGCAUAGUCAUUUAAUGGUAAGUUAUCCCAAGAUCGAGGAGACAAACUGGUAUGAACUGACCAGUUGCAUCACAUAUGAACAAAUACAGACACUCACAGGUAAUGAACCACCUUACGUGGACUCAUCGAUGACCACACAAGAAGAAUCACGCGUCCUAAAUGACAAGCUAAAGAAUCGAUACGAUCAGCAAUCGGCUCCACAUUUCGACUACACAAACAUCCAAUUCAAGUCACACGAUGCAAUACGAGACACUCACAGAAUGGAAGACUAUACGGACAAGUCUCAUUACCUCAACCACGUGAUCGUCGCUCGAUCAUACAAGGGACAUAUCAAUAGACUACUGGGCGAAUUACAAUUUGCAUUCUGCAAUGCUCUGCUCUUCGGUAACUACGGAUCGAGUCUUCAAUGGCACAGUAUAGUAGAGUUGGUCACGUUCAGUACGCAAGUAUCGACGAGUUUGAUAAAAAGGCUCGAUUCGAUAUUGGCAUUACAACUUGAGACACUUCCGGAUGAGUAUUGUGCUACUUUGAUAAAUCAAGAGAUGUGGUUGCGAUGUCUAACGGUCUCCCACAUGAGCAACAAACUUCCGCGGACUAAGAGAGUCUACGACAACAAAUUCAACUCGACAAGCUCCGAUGAGGACUCAGAAUCUGACCACCAAUUACCCAAUAUCGAUAGUGACGAAGACGAAGAUGAACCGACUGUCGUUAGCGGAGUCUACUAUGUUCGCUCUUGA